GCUGCUGCAGAUGCACUACAAAACCUUCCAAAUUCCAUCUGCAAAGCGCCGAGCCGCGCACCCAACCCGCCCGAACGGACGGAAAGCAGCCAGGCAGGCGUUGACACGCAGAAACCCCGCAAAACCCAGCCAUUUCCUCCCUCCCUCCCUCCCGCACGCCAGACCAGAUCCAGACGAAACGAGACGGAGCCCUCGCACGCCUCCCCAGGCGCGCCCUCACUUAUUACUAGUCCACACAAGCGUGCCGGUGCUGGCCGCCGCAUCGGUUCCCCCCUUCCAGCGUCUCUCGGUCUCGGGUCCGUGCGUCGGGGCGGGAUAGGAAGGAUGGAGGGGCGCGUGCUGCGGCGCAGCGUGACGCUGGCGGACCAGCUCGCCGCGGUUGCGCCGGCGCCGGCGCCGCUGCCGCCGCCCGGGGCCGCCGGGUCCUGCAACCUCCGCGACCUGCUGAAGCUCCGAGACGAGGACGACCUGGCGUCGGCCGGGCGCCGGGCCGCCGUCACGCUCGCCUCCGCCAUGGCCGCCGAGAGGCAGGUCCAGGUCCCGGCGGCGUCCCCGUCCCCGUCCCCGUCGCCGUCGUCCCCCGCCGCCGCGACGCGCACCCUCCUCGACAUAAUCCGCGACGACCAGCCUCCCGCCGCCGGGGCCGGGGACCCGCUCGUCCGCCGCGCCGUGUCGCUACCACCCCCGACCACGGCCUCCCCGCCGGCGCCGGCGCCCGCCGCCGAGGCCGCCCCUCCCCCGUCUCCGCCCCCUGCGGCGGCGGAUGAGCACGAGCAGGAGCAGGAGCAGGAGCAGAGGGUCUCCCUGAUGGCGCUCCUGGAGCAGACGGACCGGCAGUGGAGCGCCGUCCCAGGCGCCGCGGCGCAGGCAGAAGAAGAUGAGGACUCGGCGGCGGCUGCGGCGGGCAGGGGCGUGGUCGCCGGGUGCUGCUGCGUGUGCAUGGCCCGGGCCAAGGGCGCCGCCUUCAUCCCCUGCGGCCACACCUUCUGCCGCGGCUGCGCCCGCGAGCUCCUGGGCGGGCGCGGCCGCUGCCCGCUCUGCAACGCCGCCAUCGUCGACGUGCUCGACAUCUUCUGACCGGGGGGGGAGCCCGUGCCGUAGAGAUAGAUAGAUCUCCCGAAUCUCUCGGGCCCCUUUCCUCUUUCGCGUGCUCCCGCUGUGAAAAAAGAUCACAACAUGUUCGGCUUUGGAAAAAAUCAACAUUUCAUUUCCAUGGUGCA